GCUGACUGUCUCGAUGGAGAUGACUUCGCUCUUUUCUGCCAUGAAUCUCACGUUGGAGAUAUGCAGAAGCCUUUGAGAGAACUGAGCAGAUUAUGCUUGGGUACGAGCAAUCAGAGUAAUGCAGUAGUAGUUACAGCUGACAUAGUUUCUACUGAACCUCCAAGUGGCUUGCCGUUACUUCAAAUAUGGCCCAGCGAAUCUCCAAGAGGCGAGGCCGACGGCCAAGCUUUCAUUUUUCCAGAUGCACAAGACAGUAUCAACGACAGUGGUAUCGAAUCGAUUCAGGCAUCACCAUCCCCAUGUGGUGUGACAUGCAGCAGCGCAACAGCCAGUCCUUUACAAUCCCGACGCCCGAGUCUUUUACAUCCAGAUCAUGCGCGUAUAUAUUUACAUCACUUGCGACACAAUCAUCAUGCAGCAGAAAGAACUCCAUUGUCACCAGAUCGGACGUCUAUAGACGAAGAACAACCUCCUGCACCUCCAAGCCCAUCUAGUUCAACCACUAGCAGUCUUAAGUCUAUGCCCAGUUCAACAAUGGCUUCUAUUCAUUCCUCGCAUGAUCGGAGACGUAGUAGCAGAUACAGCGUUUUUGAUGCUUUGGAUUUGGAGUAUGCACUUUUACGAGCUGCAGCAAGAGGCUCAGUUGGUCCAUAUUCAUUCUCAGAAUCCCUUCACAAAUUGACCUUCACCCAGAGUCUAGCUUUUCCAGCGUUGGCACGAGGGCUCGCAUUGAAACAAAAUGUACCAACAAGACAACCUCAGCAGCACUCGGAAAGUGGGUUGAAUGCUUUCGCAAAAGUCGUCACUGCUAUAGUGUUAAUGCUUGUAAGCGUUCUUGUGUUCGGGAUUGUGUAUAAAUUUGUUAGAACGUGA